AAUUUUGUUGAGAAAUGCCAAUCCCACAACUUUCCUAUGUAGGAGGGUGCGGCGCUUUGUUAGGGGUUAGGGGUAUGGAGCAGAACCGCAACCCGAGUCUGUCUGCAUCAGCCUUGUCGUCCCGCAUGGAAUCUGCGAGGGGGGAUGUGCCGCCUCGGCAGCUGGAGCAUGGCCAGGGGGGGGCAGCGCAGCUCCGCUCCGGCCCGCGGGUCCCUUCUAUGCCCGGUGGUCUCCCCCCUUUGCCCACUUUCAAGGCGCUUCCACAGUGGGACUGUCGAAAUGUGUUCUCGCCGCCAAGGUCGGACACGUACACAAGCAUGCCUCCGCAACGUGCUGAGGAGUCCUUCUCCUCCCUCAUGGGCCAGGCUGCAGGCAGCCAACCGCAAUCACUGUUUCAGAGAGGUUUUCCCGCGUCGAUGGGGUGGGACAUGCCGCAUGAGCACGCAGGCGUUCCACGUAUGCAGCAGUCAAGGUCCUUCGACGACUCUAUUACAGUUGGGAGAGUCCAUACGGGCGUGGCGGGCGAAGAUGGUAGAGCAGCGAUGCAGACUUCCAACAUGGAAGUCGGCCUUCACGGACGAAGAUGCAAAGAGGGGCCUUUGGCGGGGGAAGUGCCGCCCCCUCUGCCCCAUCGCCUGAUUGAAUGGAUUUCGCACCGCAGACAAUCGAAGAUGGGGACAGUCAGCGGCCCUUUCCCCAACGCAGGAGCGCAGGACGCGUGCAGUGGUCCUGUGGAGGACAUUGCCGGGACGCAGGCAGCACAGGGGAUGGCGACUGCAGAUAUGGGGGAGACAAGGGAAGGCAGUAAGAACAGGGCAACGGCGAGCAUGCCUGUGAUGGAGAGUCUGCCGCAAAAGGAAAGAGCCGGGGCGAUAAUUGGAGGUUGGAUGAAAGGGUUGGCGCUGCUACGAUACCUCGAGGAAGAGGAUGCUAUGCACGUUAACAGACCGAGGAGUCAACAAGACAGCGGUGUCGCAUCAGAUGACGAAGGGGGGGGGGCGAGCGAGGGGAUUGUGCCAUGCAGGCCAGCGGAGGGAGACAUGUCGGAGGGGUCGAUGUACCGAGCGCACCGGCAAGGAGGGCGACGCAGCAGGUCGGACUCUCCGGCUGCAGGUGGGAGGGACGAAACCAUGUCGGACAUCGCAACAACUUCGGGGGAUUCGAACAAACAAAAUGUGGAGCUUGUGGGAACUUUCGUGACUGUGUUGGAGGGGUUGAAGAAGACGAUGGCGGAUGGCAAUGCUGCUUUGCGUUAGUGCUUCGCCAUGCAGACGAG